ACUUUCUCUCUCUUUAUUCUCUCUCUCAACAAAAAAAAUUGGGGAUCCAAUUUGCAUAGCCUCUCUGAUUUUUAGGGUUUUAAUCUCAAGCCUCUCCUUUUUUUGGUUGGUGAUGCAGUAAUGGUAUCAAAGCUGAUCUUUGCUGAUUUUCCGAUUUGUUGAUGAAUUUUAGUGAAUUAUUGAUGUUGAAAACUUUGAAUCUGUAAAAGAUGAAGAGGUUUAUGAGUUGCUUGUUUGGUUUUGUUGACUGAUUGUGGGGGUUAGUUGGUUUUUUGGGUUCUAAUUUAUUAAUUUAUGCUGCUGCUGUUGCUGUUGCUGUUGAUGAGUUUGUUAUAACUGGGGUGGGCUUGUGAGUCGCGACUUGGGAUUAAGUGAGUGAAUUCGAAGGAAAAAGAUGGGGGAAGCUCUACUCACAACAUUGACGAUGGAAAAUUAUCAUCCAUCUACACUUCUGUCAAUGGAUUCAGGUUCUUUGACACAUGAAGAACUGGAGAGAGAGAUGAACCGAUCAGUUAUUCUUUCACGGCCUCCAGAUAUCAAUUUACCAUUGUCGUCUGAACCAAGCCCACCACCUUCCCUGGCCUGGAAUGAUCCUUGCGACAUCUUAGAUGUUAGUCUUGCACCUCAAACUUAUGAGGUUGAGACAGUGGUUCAUAUCCCUAAAGCUGCAAAGAAAUGCACUAAACGGCUUGAUAGUAUUUGGGGUGCCUGGUUUUUCUUUAGCUUCUAUUUCAAGCCUGUUCUGAAUGAGAAAACAAAGUGCAAGGUGAUAAGGGACAAUAAUGGUGUAUCUGGAUAUGAGAAAGCAGAUUUGCAGUUAGAUGCUUUCUUGGUUCAGCAUGACAUGGAGAAUAUGUACAUGUGGGUUUUCAAGGAGAGGCCCGAACAUGCUUUGGGUAAGAUGCAGCUGAGGAGUUACAUGAAUGGGCAUUCUCGCCAAGGGGAGCGCCCAUUUCCAUUCAGUGUCGAGAAAGGCUUUGUUCGGUCUCAUAGGAUGCAGAGGAAGCAUUAUAGGGGUCUCUCUAAUCCUCAAUGUGUUCAUGGCUUAGAAAUUGUUCGAUCGCCCAAUCUCAUGAGUAUUGAUGAGGAAGAGAAGAAGAGGUGGAUGGAGCUCACCGGCCGAGACAUCAAUUUCUCAAUUCCCGCCGAAGCAAGUGAUUUCGGUUCCUGGAGGAAUCUUCCAAACACAGAAUUCGAACUUGAGCGCCCUCUUCAUCCACUAAAGAGCAAUGGAAAUGCCCACCCCCACCCCAAAAAGUUGCUUAAUGGUUCUGGUUUGAAUCUAUCUACUCACUCAUCUGACCAUAGCAACGGGGAAAGUGUGGACCUUUCUCCUGUCAGCCACAAACGGAAGAAGGAUCAUUCGUCACACGGAAACGAUGAUGAAUGUUUGCCUAACAACUCACAUAACGACAGGGUUGAUAUGAAUAUUCAUCCUGUAGAGCCUGCAUGGAUACACGAGUUCAGCGGAGUCAUGAAGAAUGUUUAUGGGCCAGUUACAGCAGCAAAAACAAUAUACGAAGACGAUGAAUCAUUCUUAAUCAUUAUCAGCCUACCCUUUGCGGAUCUCCAAAGGGUGAAAGUCACUUGGAGGAACACUAAUUUGCAUGGAAUUGUGAAGAUAUCUUGUAUAAGUACAGCCUGCAUGCCGUUUAUUAAGAGACAUGAUAGGACAUUUAAGCUAACAGAUCCAACACCAGAGCACUGCCCUCCAGGGGAAUUCAUUAGAGAAAUCCCCCUUCCAAACCGCAUUCCAGAAGAUGCCCAACUGGAAGCAUACCGGGAUGAGACAGGAACGAUGCUUGAAAUCAUUGUUCCCAAACAUCGUGUCGGGCCUGAGGAACAUGAAGUCCGUGUAUGCCUCCGUCCACUCCUCGGAGUGAAUGGACAUUUGUCAACCUGAAAUUUGUUUGAAGAUGUAAUGACGGUUAGAAUGGUUGGUGCUUCAUUGUUUACUAACCCCAUUCCAUAAAGGAAAUUUAUUAAAUGAUAUGCAUUUUUUUUUCUUGAUUGCA